ACGAGAAAUGGCCGAAGAUGUAUCAGUCGUUCGAGAGACUUGCGCUAUAAGCAACUUGAAGCUCACUAGUGAAAUAUACGUGGGAGAAUGAAUUUAAUUGUACUGCUUUCUCUGGUGUCCUUGGCCGCGGCCACGCCGGUGAUCGUGAACCAAGAUGGAGGGCACUAUAUGAUGCAGUUAUUUAGUGACCAAUAUGCGAUCGAUCGAUCCGAUCAAGAGAUCGCUGGUACUUCCGGUAGCGGUGGUUAUGGCGGCGGCUACGGGGGUAACUAUGGGGGUAGCUACGGAGGUGGUGAUCUCGGAGGUAGUGGUCAUGGGGGUGGUAGUUUCGACGCUGGUUCCAGUGGGCAUUUAGAAUCUGGUGGUUUUGAUGGUGGUCAUCAAGAUUUCUCUUCCGGUGGAUUCGAUGGUGGUCACGGCGGUGACGAUGGCGGUCACGGAAUCUCGUUGGAUAGCGGGCAUAAUUAUGUUCAUAGUGUUCCCGUCUCUGAGCACGUUGAAGUGACAAAACCCGUGGCUGUGCCAGUCUACAAACAUAUAGGUGUGCCAGUUCCAAAAUCAGUGCCGAUAGCCGUGCCGCAUCCAGUAGCAGUUGGCGUCCCACAACCUUAUCCUGUUCAUGUCCCCAUACCGAAGCACGUUCCCAUACAGGUCGUGAAAACGGUGGCAGUUCCGGUAGAGAAGAAGGUGCCUUAUCCCGUGGAAAAGCAUAUUCCAGUUCCCAUCGAGAAACCAGUUCCCAUUACAAUCGAGAAGCACAUUCCUGUCCCAGUCGUGAAGCCAUAUCCCAUCAGAAUUCCCGUUUACAAGACCAUUUAUCAUCAUGCGAAGAAGCAUUAAAGCGUGCCUGUGGUAUGGAGGAUUCCUAUGGGUAGAGGAAAGAACGCGGUACAUUUAGCUUCGAAGUGGCUCUCAGCAAUCCACAUCUUACAACUAAGUGAAUUUUAUAGAUCUACAUAUCAAAAUACGUCAAAAUAUUCACGUCAAAAUAUUCGUCAUUUCACGUUUGCGUUAAAAAUGUGUGAUCGAGAUAAAAAAAAAGAAGAGUGCUCAUUUAGCAUAGAAAUAUUUUUUACAUCCGCGACAAAGCAAUUAUAAUAUCAUUACGUUCAUUGAAAAAGACAAAUAUCACUAUCUUUAAAAAAUAAUUGCGUAUAGUUAAAAAAUUUAUUUCAAUGCUAGGAUUGCUCAGGGUUAAUUCAAUUGCAUUAGUUACCAGCUGUUCAAUCUAACUUUAUACAAGAGUUUAUUAACUCUGUGGAUGAAAUUGUUGUGUAAGGACCAUCAACUUGAACCAAACUGAUCGACAUGUUUACCCAUUCUAAUCCUUACUUGCCGUCAAUGAGGAGAAAGUUUACAAAAAAUGGCGCAUGUUUGUUCCAUCAAUCAAGCGUUUUUCGACUUCGAUUUAUUUUUUGUAUAUAUGUAUAAGCGCGCAUAAACGUCGGCACAACCGACGUGUUGUUAAGCUACUUUUUUUAACAUUUGUUGUUCUUGUUGCGUUUUUGAAUAAAAUACUUACAAAACUA